AAGAGCUCACCUAUCACAGGCUAUCCGAAGCGAGAUUGACAAAGCAAAGUAACCUUAAGUGGAAAUGAAAGCCAUAACACCACUUUUACGAAGAACCGCUUAGCCUCCGGAUCCCAACCGCGACAUGCAUCCUUAACACUAUGUCUUUUUGCGACAACAAUAUUCUGUUCUCUGCUUUCCAUGACUCUGGAGCCGGUGUCAUUUCGAAUGAGACAGUUGACUAUAUAGACUGGCCAUCAGAAAAUGCUGGAAAUCCACUACAAAAUACAUUAGUUACUGGGUUAAUAAGAGGUCCUCCGCCUGAAAUAAGAAUUAUAUUUGCACCUCUCGACCUUGGCCUAGAGACCUUAGCCGGCGAAAACGACCGUGCCUACGCCCUCCAGUGGCAGCGGAUAAAUCACACUCUCUUGGAGAGAUACGAUGUACCUCCAGAUUUUCUUGAAGAGAGAUUGCAUAGCGCCUGCUUGGGAAGUGGCAGUCGCACAUACAAAGAUGGCUCAAAUGCAUGUUGGCUCCAUUUCCUCUGCAAAAGCGUCGACAUCGAAGAUGGGAGCAAUGGGGAUGAGGAGUUCCCACAAAUUACCGACCAUCACCCAGAUAAAGAGAUAGAACUCCACAAAUUAAGCCAGCAAAACUGGACCUGGUUGCGUGCUGGGUUUUUCCUAAAAUGGGGCCCACCCAAGAAGAGAACACCGAACGGGACAUUGAUAAACCCAGUGACUCUCCUCUGUUUUGGUGCGUCACAAGCUAUGAAGAACCGGUUCGGAAGAGUUCCAAACGGCCCCACUUGGAGAAUGGAUAUAGACCCCUUUCAGCUUUUUGUGAUCGUCCUCGACGAGCUAUUCCAGGAGAUGGAUAAGCAGGUUUGGAACCUGUCCGAUGUAUUUCGUGGCAUUGAACAUAAAGCGUUCAUAGAAGCAGAUCAGACCUCCUACUCGACUUCGAGGUCAAAGCGAGACUUCGCAGGUCUGCACAAUGUCGCGAAGUACUGCAUCUACCUGAAAGAGGCAUUCAAAGCUAUUGACCUCGCGAUAGAAGAUUUGAUCACUGAACAUAAUCGACUAUUUAAUUCUGACGAAGCGGUCAAGACAAAAGCCCGACUGAACCAUAAACGAGGACUGUUCAAGUCAGUGAGCCUGCGCCUUGACAGUUUGGACAAAAGAACUCAGAACGUCCUCAACCUUUCUUUCAAUCUGGUCGCCCAGCAAGACAAUAGUGUGAUGCUCAAAGAUAGCAUGACGAUGAGGGCAAUUGCAAUCGUAACUAUGUUCUUCCUGCCAGCAACAUCGGUUGCCGCCAUAUGUGGCAGCCAAUUCUUUGGCCUCGACACCAGUCAAUCCCCACCUGAGAUUCGUGUUGCAGGGCGCAUAUGGAUUUUCUGUAUCGUGGCUGUAGUAAUGACAGUAGUGGUGCUGGGCUCAUGGUGGAUGCUCACCGAGAGUACUUUUUCUUUGCAGAAUGAGAAGAAGAAGAGAUGGAAUAAUUGGCUCUUCAGAAGACAGAAACAACGCAAACAGAAUGUCUGCUGAAGGCACUUCACCACGUUACGAGCCUACCCGAGAAAGUCCGUGUGUUUAGCAUGUUUUCAGGCCUCGCGAAAGCCAGGUCAAUAACUUUUACUUCGCAAUUAUUUAAUAACUAUAAUACAUAUUACUUUUAAACUCGAGUGUAUAAAAUAAGAG